GGAACACAUAAGAAGUUGCCAGAAAGCUUUUGACAUUCACACCCUUUUCAAUGUACUGCAGCUGAUACUCUCUGAAAGUGGGGCUGCAGGGGACAUUCAGAGCCUUGAGCAGCUGGAAAAGGUUGCUGAGUCCAGGGAAUGGGAUGGACAGGACAUUGUGAGAAUUACAGCUGGUCAGAAGAAGAGUGACAUUCCUGGCUAUGUCUCCUGGUUUAUCUCUUAUGUGAGGUACCUAAGCUGUUUGAAAGAGAUGUUUGACACCAAGGUUGUGUUUCCUUUGUGUGAAAACCUGUAUGUUAAUGAUGACUCACUUGAUGCAUUGCCUCUUGGAUCGGCAGAAGGACAUGGCCCUCAUACUACAGCAUCUGUUGCACAUAUGGCCAAGCAGUUGUUUGCUCUCCGGAGGAAAUGGACCUUGCUCCUGAAAAGGGACACAAUUGAUGGCCAAAACUUCAGUGCUCAAAGCUUGCUUGAUUUGCAGGGCUUUGGUAAUGUUCACCCCUUUGCAAAGGUCAUGAGGCUGGUCCCUGACCUCUUUCACAAAAGCCUGGCUACUGCUGCACUUGCCAGGCAAUGGGUGGAUCGCCAUGCUAGCAUUUACAGCUCCCAGCUAAUACGCCCAGGCAUAGCCAGAACAUGGAAUGGCACAGGAGUGGAUGGCUUGGAACAUCAACGGUAUGACAUGUCCAGUUCUCAGUCUAGAUUAUCAAAAAUUCAGUCAAACUGUAUGAAGCUGGAGUUGUUAUCCAAAGACAUCAGCAGAAGUGGUGUGGCCACCUGCAUAAGAACUACCAGCCAAGAAAGGAAUAAACUACAUGAGAUCCAUGAGGACCUCAUGUCCCUGCUCUGGCAGGAGAAACGCUCUCAGAUACUGGAAACAGAGAUACAUGAGUUGCAGGAACAUUAUCAGGAGCUUGUAAGGGUUUUGCAGAGUGGGGAAGAUAUUUGCCUGGAUCAUCAACAAGCCAAUGAGAUCGACUCACAUUCAUCAUGCAGUUCUGGUGAUUUGAACAGAUAAUAUUCUUGAAUUUGUGAACAAAAAGAGCCCUAGACCAAAAUGGUAACAAUAUCAGAGGAGUCUCUCUGUCUUACUGGUCCUGCCUCCUGAUAAAGGUGGCUUUAUUUCUGGAUGCAGCUCAUGUUCUUAUCACCCCCAAUUCUUGAUUCAGUAGCUAGACUACUAUAAUAUGCUCUAAUUGCACCAGUCAUAGGCCCGGUACAGAGCACCAAAAAGAGGGGUGGAGCCACAGUGGUGGUGGGACACAAAUAAAAAUUCUGCCUCUUCCCAAUGAAAUUUUCCUUCGGUUCCCAAAUUUCCAGCAUUGCAGUAACUUAAAACUUCAGUUCAUUUGAGAAAUACAGUUAGGCAUACAAAGAAAAGGGGCAGCCAAAAUUACCAAGGGAGUGCAAAUGCAGCAAAUAUAAUAGUUUUACGUGUGAAUGCUGUUCAAUAUCUCACUCUCUCUCUCCAAUGCUAGAAAUCUGGGUACUGAAGGAAAAUUCAGAGGGGUAAAAUUCUGAUUUAAGGGAGAAAAACUAUAUAUCUGCCACUACUGCAUCAGCAUUGACUAUUACUCACUGUGCACAAUUCAAGCCUUAACCCAUGAAAAGAUAUUUCAUCUUCUCAUAUUUCAUCUUCAAGGUCACUUCCUUUACCUGUCCCAUGAUGAUGGGAGUGAUCUGUAAAACUUGCUUAAAAAUACCAUCCAGGAACCAUGUUUGAGUAACGUAGAGGAACAGUUGGAGCUUUCAGAAACUGCCUCACAAUUUUGGAAUGUUGUCUCAUUGAAUAUUCACUAAAAUGUAAAGUUGAUUAUAAAUGUUUGGAAGCAUUGUAAAUCCUUUUAAACUGGGGUAGCAUUUGUGGACAG